AUAUUAUACUGUAUUAGUAAUCGUAGACUAUAGGGAAAAGGACUUGUAACCAUGAUGAAUACAUUAGCUAAAAUAUAUAUUCUGGAGGAUUUGUUGUAUAAAUUAGAAGGAUUAAUACUUCUUACCAACCUCCAUCUGUAGGGCGUCUGAAGGACUCUCCUCACUCAUCUCCGGGCCGUGGUAGGAGUAACUCAGACACUCCUACCCCCUCAGACUGUGUUACUGUAGAGGUGUUAUGUGUAAUCUACAGAAAACAUUAUCUACACACUGUAAAGGCAAACAUAUUGAUACAUACGUGAGAACUACAUAGAACUGAGUAACUACAAAAUUAUGUCCAUUAAGUUGAUAAAAGUAAUACAGGACAAUAUGUUAACAUCUCGAUUAACAGGUAAAUGGGUAUGGUGUUCCUCAAGGUCACCACCACACACACUCAGCAGCAGGCAAUGUCAGACGGUCAGUGAGAGUCCUUCCUCAGGGUCAACUGGGAGGGAAGCGGAGGAGGGCAAUGGAGCUCCACCAACCCAGGAUGAGAUACGACCUUUUGGUGAAAUUCCCGGCCCUCGCUCACUGCCAAUUAUCGGAACUUUAUAUCACUAUUUGCCUGUUAUCGGACAGUAUACGUUUAGCCGGCUGCACCACACCGGCCUCCUGAAGCUGAAGCAGUUUGGACCCAUCGUGCGGGAGAGGCUGGUUGGUGACGUGACUCUGCUCCUCCUGUUCGACCCGAGGGACAUAGAGACCAUGUACUCCACUGAAGGCCGCUACCCCAUGCGUCGUUCACACACCGCUCUGGAGAAGUACCGUCUAGACCGACCCCACAUGUAUAACACGGGAGGACUCUUACCUACGAAUGGCCAGAAGUGGUGGGAUAUCAGGCGUCGGGCACAGAAGGUGUUGAGUCGUGUACAGAGCGUCUUGACCCGCCUUCCACACAUUAACAAGGUGACCCGUGACUUCAACGACCUUAUAGACAGUGUGCGGUGUCCCCAGACUGGCCUAAUAUCCAAUUUCCUUGACCUUGAACGACGGCUAUUUCUCGAGUUAACGAUGGUCGCUACGGUGGAUGUGCGACUGGGCUGCAUCAACCGGUCGUCUCUAAACAUCGUCAACAAAGACGCGGAGGACCUUCUACACGCAGCUCACGCCUCCAAUUCCUGCAUCAUUCACACUGACAAUGGAUUACAGCUAUGGAGGUACUUCAAUACUCCGCUAUACAAGCAGCUGGUGCGAGGCCAAGACACCAUCUAUAGAAUCGCGCUAAAAUACGUGGAAGCCAAGGAAGAGGAACUGAGGAAACGAGUAGACAGGAGAGAGAGAGGAGUGGACGAGGACAACGACCGACCUCUCAGCGUCCUGGAGUAUUUCAUCCUGGAGAGCGGUCUGGAUAAGAAGGAUAUACUAGGUGUUGUCUGUGAUACCCUAUUGGCUGGCAUUGAUACGGGAGCCUUCACAAUGUCGUACGUGCUGCACAAUCUGGCGACCAAUCCAGACAAACAGGAGUUGCUGGCGGCUGAAGCUCGGACGCUACUUGCCAGGUCUGGGGGCGAGGUGACGUCGAGAGUGCUGUCAGAAGCUCGCUAUCUGAAGGCGGUGCUGAAGGAGACCUACAGACUUAGGCCCGUUUCCAUUGGUGUGGGGCGAAUCAUUCAAGAGGACGUUGUCAUACGAGGCUACAGGAUACCUAAAGAUACAGUUGUGGUGACCCAAAAUCAAGUUUCUUGUCGACUUCCCGAGUACUUUCCAGACCCGGACAAAUUUCUACCCGAACGUUGGUUGAAGAAAGAAAACAUAAACCCCUUCCUUGUUCUUCCUUUCGGCCAUGGCCCACGAGCCUGCAUCGGCCGCAGGACGGCAGAACAGAAUCUAUACACUGCUGUUCUACAGUUGGUGGGUCGGUACAACAUUGGAUGGCUGGGCAGAGAACUGGACUGCUACUCCAACCUCAUAAAUGAGCCCGAUGCUUCGCUGGAGUUCACAUUUUUACCCCGGGCGGCAGCUGGAGGUGUACAGUAUAGUUAGGCUACAGGUGUGAGUGUUAUUUGUUGUUUGCUUUUAUUUAGUAAAUAAAAGUAAACAUUUAAUACUGAACUUUGUCUGUUGCACCAUCAUUAAUUUGCUAUUUUUUAUAAUAGUCAUUUUUUAAGUUAUAAUAGAUGGAAUAUAAAAUAAAAUUAUUAAUGAUACUUUAAGCUUCAUAUCAGAUCACCAUCUAUACAAUACAUAUCAGUUGUUGAGGCCUGUGUACACAUACUUUUAACCUACUUUGUACAUAAUUAAUAAUGGAAGACGACCAUCUCGGUACAAAAUAUAUACACAUUUCCGUUGUAUACAA